UGUUCUGGUUGCAAACAAAGAAAAAGUGCAUUUUAACUAUUAUUAAAUAACAUUUAAUUUAAUUUUAACAUUAAUAAGUAAGCGCGCGUGUGGGCUCGCGUCGUGCAGCAACUUACGUGCACCUCUAUAUGCGUCUCAUGGUCGCGUAAACGUCUGUGUGUGUGCGUGUGUGUAUUGGCAUUGUGGCUGUGGCAUUGGCGCUCCGCUGCUGCUGCUGCGCCUCAGUUUCCAUUCAUAUUCUAUUAACUAAUAAACAAAUAACCUUCGGGGCCGUCCCGCGCCAGUGCGAGAAAGCCAAAACUAAAAAUCAAAUUGCAGCAUUGACAAGGAAGUGCGUCUCCUUUCCGUCGCCGUCACCGUCACCGUGGGCUGUUUCCGUAUUGCUUAGGCAGCAGCAGAAGCAGCAACAAAUUCAAUUGCAAACGUAAAAACAAAAAAAGGAAAAAAAGGCAAAGCCAAAGUGUUUGCCUGUGUUUGCGCUUGUGUGCGUGUGCGUGCGUGCGUGUGAGUGCGUGUGUGUGUGACGACAAACACAACGACAAAUGGCGGACGUAAGCGAUACAAAUGAACUCUUCGAUCUCGAGCUGCACGAAGAUGACAAAGCGCGAGACUCGGAUGACGACAGGAUCGAGUUGGAUGAUGUCGAUCUAGAACCGGAAUUGAGCAUAAACCUACACCAAGACAGUGAGGGCCAGGAAACCAUACAGCUCUCCGAGGAGAAUGUCAAUCCAGGCAAAAUCAAAUUGGGCCCAACGGAUUUUGAGCUUAAGAAAGUGCUUGGCAAAGGUGGCUACGGCAAAGUAUUUCAGGUGCGCAAGACCGCUGGACGUGAUGCCAACAAAUAUUUUGCGAUGAAGGUGCUCAAAAAGGCGUCCAUAGUGACCAAUCAAAAGGACACGGCGCACACGCGCGCCGAGCGGAAUAUACUCGAAGCAGUCAAGCAUCCGUUUAUUGUGGAAUUGGUGUAUGCCUUUCAAACAGACGGUAAAUUGUAUCUGAUACUCGAGUAUCUAAGUGGCGGUGAGCUGUUUAUGCAUUUGGAGCGAGAAGGCAUUUUUCUGGAGGAUACCACAUGCUUCUAUUUGAGUGAAAUCAUAUUGGCUUUGGGUCAUUUACACAAACUGGGCAUCAUUUAUCGCGAUCUGAAGCCAGAGAACAUACUGCUGGACGCACAGGGACAUGUGAAGUUAACGGAUUUUGGUCUGUGCAAGGAGCACAUACAAGAGGGUAUUGUCACCCACACCUUCUGCGGCACAAUUGAGUACAUGGCACCAGAAAUCUUAACUAGAAGUGGCCAUGGCAAAGCCGUCGACUGGUGGUCCCUGGGCGCACUCAUGUUCGAUAUGCUCACGGGCGUGCCGCCCUUCACCGCCGAGAAUCGCAAGAAAACCAUUGAGACCAUACUGAAAGCCAAGCUUAAUCUGCCAGCCUACCUCACACCCGAAGCCAGAGAUCUGGUGCGGCGCCUGAUGAAGCGACAGGAGCCACAGCGUCUGGGCAGCGGACCCGAGGAUGCGGCGGCGGUUCAGUCACAUCCAUUCUUCAAACAUGUCAACUGGAACGAUGUUGUGGCCCGACGCCUCGAGCCGCCCAUUAAGCCGCUGCUGCGAAGUGAGGAUGAUGUCUCCCAGUUUGAUACGAGAUUCACAAGACAAAUUCCCGUGGAUUCACCGGAUGAUACAACGCUCAGCGAAAGUGCCAAUUCAAUUUUUCAAUGUUCCAGGGCGUGCCAAAGCCAUUGAUAUCAUAAAGUCGAGCCACCUUAACGAAACGAUGCUUGCCGGGCGCCGUCCACAGACCAUGGGAUCCCUUGGCGGCAAAGAGCACCGGAUGGUUCUUGAACGUUGUGACCGUUUUGGGAAAAUUGGGACGCUGCAGGAUGCCCUUACGCGUCUCCUGGCGCCGAAACUCAAAAGAUCCAGUCAGGCGAUUGUAGCUGUAGUAGGCGCCCGCAUCGUGAGCGGACACAUACAUGGCCUGCGGCUCAGCAUCGCCGUUGAAGUACAAACUCAUGUGCUCCCAAUCGCCCACAUGGCUGCCAAUAUCCCGGCGAUGGCCCAGACAGUAGCCGUAGACAGCCGGAAAGGGUAUGCGGCCCAGGGGCCCCAGGCUCAACGUGCACAUCGUCUUGCCCUGGCUGUAGGGAUAGAACAUCCAAUAGGUGACAUGGAAGCCAGGCAGCUGUCCCUUGACCCGCUGCGUCUCUUGCGCUGGCGCAUCGCUUAUAUUGUUAUCCUCCAGAUUGUCGUCCUGAUCGACGCCUCCACUGAACUUGACAUUGUCAGCCAGAUUGGCUAUAAAGUUAUUCACUGGGAGCCCAUUCUCCAACUCCGACUCCAGCGGCUGCUGCUGCUGCUGCUCAAACGUCGCGGGUUCAGGAAGCGCUGCGCCAGCUAACUGUGUCUCACCCAUGACCAGAUCGUAGUCACUGAGCGGCCCGUACUCUGGCAUGCUGCCUGCCUCGCGCCUCACGCGCUGAAACAGUGGAAAGAGUCGCGACGAACGUCGGACCGUCUCAUUACGUUCCUCCAGCGGAUCAAUGGACACCGGUAUGUAGGGACCCCGUGUGCUGGCCAAUGGCGGCGGCGGCACUGCUUCGGGCUCGCGUUUGGCCGGACCGGGACACAGUGUGACCACGCCAUAGAUGGGCACUGGCGCCUCAUUGGGAUUACGCCCGUGGAUGAACGAUUGCUCGUUCUUGAGCAGAUCCUCCAUUUCGCCAUUGGUCACCAGAUGCGAUUUGGUGGAGUAUUCGCUGAAGGGCACGCCCGGCGUAAAGCUUCGAUCCUUGUCCAUGGGAUGCACAUGCUGCAGAAACUCCUCAACGCCCAGUGGCAUGAAUUUUUCCUCCGGCGCCAGCCACACAAUCGGUGCCCAUUGCUUGAUCAGGCGUUCAACUAGACGUAAGAGAGUGGAAAAACCAGAUUAGCGCCAUAAACUAAAUUUUAAUCAGCUCUCGGAUGCUCUGGCAAUUACUUAACCCAGCUGUAAGCACACACACGCACAUACGGGAGCUGCUCUACGUCUAGCUCUAAAUUUGUUCGUUUUCCAAAUUCAGGUGUAAUAAAUUUCACUUUCACACACUUGAAGCGGCCACCCAAAAA